AUGAAAUCUCUCCUUUUUCUUGCACUUACUUUUAAUCUGACAUCAGCAGCCACUUACUCUCUGCAGUACUUCUACACUGCAGUAACUCCAGGAAUAAACUUCCCAGAGUUCUCUGUGGUGGGUCUGGUGGAUGGACAGCAGAUUGUGUACUAUGACAGUAACAUCAGGAAGAUGAUCACCAAGACAGAGUGGAUAAAGAAGAGCGAUGCUAAGGAUCCAGAUUACUGGAACAGAGAGACCCAGAUUAGUCAGCAUCAUCAGGAGACCUUCAGAACCAGUGUGGAUACUCUAAUGCAGCACUUCAACAAGACUAUAGGAGUUCACACAGUGCAGUGGAUGUACGGCUGUGAACUGGAUGAUUAUGGGACUAGAGGAUAUAAUCAGUACGGUUAUGAUGGAGAAGACUUCAUCAGUCUGGAUCUGAACACUCUCACCUGGACUGCAGCUCGUCAUAAAGCUGUUAUUACCAAACAGAAGUGGGAGAGUGUAAACUGGGCUGCUCAGGUGAAGACCUACCUGGAGAACACCUGUAUUGAGUGGUUACAGAAGUAUGUGGAAUAUGGCAGAUCCACUCUGGAGAGGAAAGUUCCUCCUGAGGUGUCUCUGGUCCAGAAGGACUGUGGAGCUCAGAGAGACGCUACCCAACCAGGAUGGAACCUUCCAGAAGAGGAGCGUUCUGACUGUCUCACCUGAGGAGCUGAACAGGGAC